UGGCACUGCACAUCACUCUGCUUCUCACCUGUGCUUUUUUCUCCGAAGCAUUGGCACUGAAGUGUUUCGGAUGUUCAGGCCCACUGGGAGUAUGCACAAAUACUGUAACCUGUCCAUCUCGUUGUGGCUCCAUGACCACAAACAUAUACUCGUAUGGCAGAAAAAUAGACAGUAACAGCACGAGGACCUGCGCAGAUCCUUAUUUGUGUGUUAAUGGGAGCAUGAAUUCUGGACAAAGCAAAGUGACCUUCAACUCCCAAUGCUGUAAUGCAGAGCUUUGCAACAUUCAAAAUGCACCAGACUUGCCACAACAGCCUCUCAACGGUAAGCAAUGUUUCACCUGCAAUGCCACUGACUGCUCAAAAACAUUGGCUUGUGAGGGUGAUGAGACUCAGUGCUUUAUUACAACAGUUGACAUCGAUGGCAAGAAGGUGACCAGGAAAGGAUGUACAAGCAAGUUGUUCUGUGGGACAAAUGCAACACAAUCUCUGGGAUUACAGGCUGGCUUUGGUGUUUACAUGAAAUGCUGUGAGGGAAACCUGUGUAACGCUGCUCAGAGCUUGAGAGUUUAUUUUGUGAUGCUGGUACUACUGGUACCACUUCUCUCUCUAUUUGUGUUCUGAUACAUGCUUUCAACAAACAACAGUCUUUGCAAAACAUUUGUAAUCUAAUGCAAUGACUUCUAUACAUUUGGUUUAAGUGUCCCUUUUUGGGGCAAAGGUUCUUGUGUUUGGAAGUUGGUUGUUUGAAUGAGCCUCGAUGAUUCACAUCAAAGAUUUAUAAUUAAAAAAAAAAAAAAAAGACUGAGACUGAGACCUCUGAUGAAAAUUGGAAUGGAAAAUGGAAAUUGUAUAUGAAAUACUUAAUAGGCCAUAUUAAAAAAUGCUUU